AUGGCAGUUGGGGCGAUUUCGAACGUUGGGUUCUUCGACGUCAGCGACAAGCACGUGGCGCAAGCAAUUUCACAGGAGACGCUGUUCAUCCACGGCAGCUCUCACAGCGGCGGUAGCGCCGAGGUCUCCACCCCCAACAAAGCGAGUGCGUCGGAUCCCAACACCCUUUCCUGUACCGGUGCUUGUGGCUCAGAGCAUUCCGGAAAGGUUGGGACGGGCGCGUCGACCUUUUGCGACGAAAGCUGUUCUACUGGUUGGUCACCGGCAGGACCUCGUUUGGGGGGGCAUAAUUGCGGCGCGGGUGACCCAUCGCAGUACGGAAGCAACUGCCGGUUGUGCUACACGAACGAGGACGAAGCCUUGGCCGCAGACCGCACUCUGGCGUCGUUGUCGACGGAUCCCUCUACGCCCGAUGCGCAUGUCGUCAUGUGUGACACGACGCAGCCGCCCCAGGCUUCGAGAUGCACAACCGCUUGCCAGGACAUGACCGACACGGUGUGCGAUUAUCGUUGCGGAAGUGGGUGGUAUGGAGACUUCAACUGCAACUGGAGGGGCCUUGGCAGCACGUGCCGUCUAUGCUUCCACGAAACGUCAGUGGCUCUUCUCGCAGACGAGGUUGCCAAGGCUCACGGCGGCAGGGUUGUUAUGUGCAACACGCAUGAGCCCCCACUACCGAUCGGAUCGCACACGAAGGCCACGGUGGAGAACACCGGGAAGAGAAGUGCCGAUACCAGUGACGGCUUGCCCUCGGCGGUCUCCUCCCGGGAGAGCAAAAGAAAGCUUCUUGCCGCAGCCGACGAGAGUAAUAAUCCAGCCGCAAUAGCAUACAUCGGCACCACCACUCGUGGUCAUAUCUGCGCCUUUAUGCGCGGGUAUGUCGAGCUUCUGCCGGAAACGAAGGUCUCCGUGUCGAGCGUUCUGGAACUCAUGCCGGGAAUGAGGGUCGCGAUAGCAACAGAUGCAACGAGUUUCCAAGAAUUCGAUAGGGCGUUUGCACACCUUCCUGGCGUCACCAUCGGACUUUCGAAGAGCGUGUCGUAUGGUGCUUUGAUCGCGGAUGAAGUUUGUGGCGAGGGGACACGCUUGAUCUACUACAUCGAGGCUGGUCAGGUGGUCAGUCGCACCUUUACAGCAAAGGACACGCACACGGUUCUGGGGGAUCUCAUAGUUUCCCUUGCCAACGCAGAUGAAGUCCCCCCAGUAUUCGCACGGCGUGCGCUGGGCAGCACCGUUCUUUUAGGGGUUACCACACCGACGUUUACCCAUGGAAGCGAUCUCAUCCUCCCGGCGGAAACAAAUGCACAGCUCCGAGUCAUGUUGGGCGCCAAUCAGAGGCUGGUCGCACCGACGAACGCUGAGGACGGCGACACCGGGCGACAAACGGAAAGGGUGUACGAAUACCUGGCUGACGUGGCGAAAGCGCACCGAGGCUCCGCCGAAAUCUACAUUCCUGAGGUGCUUGCUGCCUUAGCCUAUUCCCUUAGCCCACGUGGUGUGACCUUUGUCAACAUUCGUGAAUGGAGCCAUGAACACCUUUUCUUGGAGGAUUCUAUUUGGGAUAUCCCGAUGGUGAAGCCUCGGUUUGGCUGUUCCUUCGAUACGUCUUUAACUCGGGACGGGUACGACGUGGGAGGAAUGAUCGCCAAAGAGCUGGAAGGGUUCAAACUGGGGGCAUCGUGUGAGCGCGGCUUUAAGCCAGUUGACAGAUCGAAGUUGGACCUCAAGGCUGACAAGGAAGUUGGUGACCAAGGGGCAGAGCAGAGAACGCCGACGCUGCAGGACUACCACAUCGCGGUUAUGUAUCGAACGUGCGCCCGAGAUGCCAAGCUGUUCAGCAUGUCCAUCGCCACCGUAAUCGAGCACUUGUCGGGUGCCUUUGAAGUGGUUGUCGUUGUCGUUGAAGCCGACGUCGCUAUUUUCGAGAACAUUGUCCGACCGUUGCGGACUGCGGUACCCUUUCCCAUUCGUGUCAUCGGGGAGCCCGAGCUGAUGGACGGCAACGUUCAGCAGGCGUAUUCGAAGCUACGGGCUGACUUGUACACGGAAGGAGAAUACGUUUUGCACCUGGAUUCAGACGCAGUCGUCUUCGAGGACGUAACACCCGCGCACGUGUUUGAUGAUGGCGUGCCCGUCCAGCCGUUCCGUCGAUACCCGGAAGAAGAGACGUUGGAAGGGUGGGCGACGACAUUAUGCUGGCAGAAUGGCACGUCUUUCGCGGUCGGGGAGGAUGUCGCCCACGACUUCAGCAACUUCAACGCCCACGUAUACCCGGCUGCUCGAGAGUUCAUCGAGCAGCACCACGGGAUGCCGUUCGUCGACUUCCUGGCUACCCGACGCGGGUCUUGUAUGCAUCCUAACACCAUGGCCAAAUGGACAGCAAACGAGAGAGCUAUGAUGUUUUCUAGCUUUCAUUUUAUCGGAGCAUACUUGUGGUACCACAUGCCCAAUGCUGUUCACUGGCUGAUUAUGGAUUAUGUUGGCACGCAGCCGGGUCUUGGCAAGUUCGAAUGGGUCUGCCAGGCGAAUCGGCGGUAUGCCCCAGCAGAUCCAGCCGGACUGGAACAGUACGAAGCAGACUACCGGAAAGUCACGAGCAUCGAUGAGUGCAAUGCAGUGACUAGCCAGUGGCAACGAGUGCACAUGAGCGCCUCUUAG